AUGGUUGAAGAUACACAGGAUGUAACAGAAACAACUACAUCUCCAGAACAAAACACAACUACAACUGAAAAAGUGCUAAGCAAUAUGGAUCUCGACUCAACCACCUCAAGUUUUUUAUUAAAUACAACAACCUGCGUAGUGGAAUCUGUAUUACCAGAAACUGCAGAAAACUCUGUACAAAGUUCCUAUGAUUCUGAGGAUGCACCAUUUAUCGUA